AUGAUUGAGGAGGCGAGAAAGUUCGAUCAGUUAAUAUACACUGAGGAUGAGCAGAAAGUCUUACGGGUUUGGAAGACCAACCGGAAUAGAAUAGUAAAGAUACUCACAAGCAAUUAUAUCAUUUUGACAGUUUUCUAUUUUGUUGUCGUGCUAUUUACAAAAGAUAAAUUGCUUCCGUUUAAAUUAAUAUUUAAACCGAAUACUAUAUUUACUCCUUGGUAUGAAGUAGCUUAUAUACUCGAGCUUGUGUUCUUUAUGUGUGGUAUGAGCGCUAUGAUAGCCACUGAUACGCUCUGCGUGACUUUUAUUUGUCAGACAUGUAUGCAUCUUAAGAUUGUAGAAGUCAUGCUCAAGAAUUGUGAUAAAAACAAUAAAGGCAUAAUUGCUAUUAUCAAGAAGCAUGUAGAGAUAUUGGAAUAUGGUCGUGACGUUUGCGGAGAAUUAUCUACUAGUAUUUUAUGCCAGUAUAUUACUAUGUUCUUUAUAACAUGCUUUGCAACUUUUACAUGCCAAUUAACGACUAUACCAGCUAUGAGAAAUAAAAUGAUAUGGGUCUCGUUGAUGAUAUAUUUUUUGUUUCUUAUCACUUGCGUAGCAGGAGAACUGGUAACAUCGAUCAGUGAAAAUAUUGCAAUCAGUCUGGCGCAAAGUAAAUUCGUCAGUUACGACGAAAAGGAAGAGACUCGUGAUAUUAAUAAUAUGAUCGUGUUUAUAAUAAUGAGAGCCCAACAGCCACUGAAAUUAAAAGUCGGUACUUAUGGUAGAAUAAAUUUACAAUUCUACACUUCCACUUUUAAAAACAUCUAUUCUGUUAUUAUGCUGUUAAAAACUGUAUAUAACUAA